ACCGUUGUAAUAUAUGCAGCAACGAAGUUUUUCCGAAUGGAUAUAACCACGGAAAGAUUUCUUUCGGAAUGUCAUUCAACUAGGGGCUAUUGCCGUAUAACGGAGAAUAAAGCUGAUCUCGAUGUGGCUGACGCUAUCCUGUUCCAUAACGCUGAUUAUUCACCUACAUUCGUUCCGGAACCAAGGAAACCUUCAAGGCCUCAUGUCCUAUGGAGUCUUGAAAGCCCAUCAAACGACUACUUUCGGCCUGGACCACAUGUUAUAAAUUGGACAAUGACAUUCCGUCGAGACGCUGAUAUCUGGUACCCGUAUGGGCACUUCCGUAAACUACCUGAACCACGGUCUGUUGAUUUCGAGGCUAUAUGGAAUAUGAAAAACUCUAACAAAACUGCAGUAUGGUUGGCUUCAAACUGUUUCGCCAAGAACUAUCGAACCGAAAUCGUUAAAGAAGUGUGUCGUAGUAUUUACAGGCCAUACAAGUUCUACGUUGCCUUUGAAAACUCCAACUGCGUGGAUUAUGUCACGGAGAAAUUCUACGAGACUCUGAUCAGCCGUAUGUCGGUCCCUAUCGUUUUGAAAAGAGACAUCUACAUCAAUGUUGGAGCUCCAGAAAAAUCUUUCAUUGCAUUGGACGAUUUCCAAACUAUAGCCGACAUGGUCAAUUAUAUCAAAGAACUAUCUGAUGACAAAGAGAAGUACCUUGGCUUCCAUCAAUGGCGAACAACCCAUGAGUACGCAUUUAUAUUGCUUUACUUAUUUCUGCUCAAGAGGAACAAAGCCCAGGCAGCGGCCCUGUUCUGUUCCCUGUUAAUGAAAGCAGGAGGCUUUGAAGAAAUUCGAGAAAGUCAAAUGGCUAUUCCUGAGCAUAAUGACUAUACUGGCUUCUGCGAAUUAUGUCGACGACUUCAACAGAAUUCCUUGGGAUACAUGACAUAUGCAGACGUACGGAAAUGGCAUUCCGACAAUCAAUGUGACAACAACUUGGGUGCUCGAUAUUUAAACUAG